CCUGCUCCCAUUCUCUCCCCCCUUCUCCUCCCCUCUCUUCCCCCUUCCCGCAUCUCCUUUCCCCGUUCUGGGCAGCUCUGUUGUCCUACCCUUUCUUCCCCUCCCCUCCCUCCCCCCCCUCCGCCGCCUUUAUGACCCCGUGGCCCCGGGGGCAGCCGAAAGGGGAUGGCUCGCCGGACUCGCGGCAUCGAGGAUCAAGAUGAGUUGCACUGUCAGGACACAGAUUCCGAUGUACAGGAACAGAGAGAAAAUAAGUGCAAGGUCAAGUGGACCCACCAAGAGGAUGAGCAGCUGAAGGCGCUUGUGAGGCAGUAUGGGCAGCAGGACUGGAAGUUUCUUGCAAGCCACUUUCCUAAUCGCAGUGAUCAGCAGUGCCAGUAUCGGUGGUUGAGGGUUUUGAAUCCAGACCUUGUCAAGGGACCUUGGACAAAGGAAGAAGAUCAAAAGGUCAUUGAACUGGUGAAGAAAUAUGGCACCAAACAAUGGACAUUAAUCGCCAAGCACCUGAAAGGGCGUCUGGGGAAGCAGUGCAGAGAGCGCUGGCACAAUCACCUGAACCCUGAGGUGAAGAAGUCAUGCUGGACGGAGGAGGAGGACCGCAUCAUCUGUGAAGCUCACAAGGUCCUGGGCAACCGCUGGGCUGAGAUCGCCAAGCUUCUCCCUGGAAGAACUGACAAUGCAGUGAAGAACCAUUGGAACUCUACCAUCAAACGGAAGGUGGAUACUGGGGGCUUCCUGAGUGAGACCAAGGACCCAAAGUCUGUGUACCUGCUUGUGGAGCUGGAGGAUAGGGAGGGUCAGAGUGUGCAUUCCACAGAGAGCCAGAAGACUCUUACUACUGAUUGGUCCACUGGGGUCAUGGAAGUGGAAGAGGAAGUCAGUGAGGAGGAGAUAGCAACCACAUCAACUAUCACGGCUGCAACCACAUCAGGUGUUGUGGCUGCAACCACCUCAGGUGUUGUAGCCACAGCUGCCCCUGCGGAGCAGCAGGCGGUGGCUCCUGAGGAGCCUGCCAAAGACCUUAUCCCUGACCCCAUGGAGGAGACUCCCAAGGAACUGAAGUCUGAGGAUUCUCCCGUGGAAGUCAGCUCCCCAUACAAGUGGGUGGUGGAGGCAGCCAACUUCUUGUGUCCAGCUACAAUGCCAAACUUGACAGAUGCCCUGGAUCUGAUAGAAUCGGAUCCUGAUGGAUGGUGUGACUUGAGUAACUUUGACCUGCCUGAGGAGUUAUCCAAUGGUGGUGGUAACAGCAGCAGCAGUAGCAGCAACAGCCCAGUUAAGCAGACAUUCAGCAAGCCUACAGUCUCUGCCCAAAGCAUGACAGAGUACCGUCUGGAUGGUCACGUCAUCUCCGACCUGAGCAAAGGCAGCCGAGGCGAGCUGAUCCCCAUCUCCCCCAACACCGAAGUCAGCUUUAGUACUCCGCCCUCCAUCCUCAAGCGGCAGAAAAAGAGGAGGGUCACCCUUUCUCCUGUCUCGGAGAACAGCCCCAAUGCCAGCUAUUCCUUUGUGGAUUCCUGUAAUAGCCUGACCCCCAAAAGUACACCAGUGAAAACACUUCCCUUCUCCCCUUCCCAGUUUUUAAACUUCUGGACCAAACAGGAUACUUUGGAGCUAGAGAGCCCUUCACUGACAUCCACACCUGUGUGUAGCCAGAAAGUCAUUGUCACCACCCCCCUGCACCGCGACAAGACUCCCCUGCACCAGAAAAGCAACGCUUUUGUUACCCCGGAUCAGAAGUACUCAAUGGACAACACUCCCCACACACCCACUCCAUUCAAGAAUGCCCUGGAGAAAUAUGGACCACUAAAACCUCUGCCCCAGACCCCACACCUGGAAGAAGACUUGAAAGAGGUACUUCGGACUGAGGCUGGUAUUGAGUUGAUCAUAGAAGAUGACGUGAAACUUGAAAAACAAAAGAGAAAACAAGGACUACAUCGGAGUCCAAUUAAGAAAGUCCGAAAAUCUCUUGCCCUUGACAUAGUGGAUGAAGAUUUGAAGCUUGUGGUAUCCUCUCUGCCAAAGACUGUGUGUUUUAAAAGAAACCAGCCAACAAGCUUCUUGUCUAGCUCCCUCAAUCUGACAUCCUCAAGCAGCAAAGAUGACAGUAGUUUGCUCAACCAAGGGUUUCUACAGGCAAAGCCAGAGAAGGCCUCGUUCCCAAAGACCCUGAGCCAUUUCCAAGGCCCUGCUCCGAUGUCCAGUGCUUGGAAAAUUGUGGCUUGUGGUGGAACCAGAGACCAGCUUUUUAUGCAGGAAAAGGCCCGGCAGAUCUUGGGUACUCUAAAACAGAGCCACACUUCUCGGACAUUAAUUUUGUCAUGAAAAAUGUGGAAUUUUGACAUUGGAGGAGUUUUUUUCCCCUUUUUUGACUGGCACCUAAGCAGGCAUGAAUUUGAAAUUUUAUUUUUUCAAAAUAAGUUAUUCAAAAAAGUUUCAAGGAACUUAAUUGAAUUUUGUGGUGCAAGAGAGAAGUCUGCCUCUACACUCCUUCCAUGGAUUCAUGUGGUACCUGCAAAGAAAGAAGAAAAGCAAUUUUGGAUCUAACCUGGAAGGAAAUGAACAAUGGACUCUUUCCUGGGUUCUGCAGCAUUUCUGCUCUGGACCUGGGUUUUCCCUUUCCCUUCCAUGGCAGUUACUGGGUGCUUUCAAGAAUUCUUGAGAUUGUAUUCUCCUGCCUUGUUAAUAUUAGGAAAGCUUGGGUUUUCCCUAGUUGUAUGUUUUCAGCAUGACCUUACCCUCUUGUUGAGGACCUUGAAAGAGGGAGUCUUUGGGGAAUUCCUGUUAAACUUGGGCAACUGUUCAGCCGAAACAAGGUGGUGUCCAAGGGGCCAUAGAGGGUGGCAAUCUGUUCCUCCUUUCCCCUUUUCCCUUUUGUUUCAUUUAAUAUUAAUUAUUAAUUUUUAAAAAAAAAAUAAAAGCUCCCUGAAGCUUCAGUCUUUUUGGCUUCUCUCUUCUCACUCUCCCUAUCUUCUUUAGUCUUGUCUCUC